AAAUCAAGUUCAAAAGACAGUAAAUCAGGACACUAUAAAAGGAACAUGAGAGGCUGUGAGGAUGACAGAGCAAGAGCUGGAAACAAACAUCAGUGAAGAAUGAAGGCUUUAGUAUGUAUACUGCUGCUGUUGGAAACCUUUGUGUUUGUCGUCCAGCAGCAGGUAGAUGGAGGACUCAAUGAGAAUGAGAUCAGUCAACAGAUCAGCUCUGAGGACGGAAGACAGAAUCCACCUCAAACAGACACUUUGAGAGCUGAAGCUUCAACUGACAGCCAACAAUACUACAAUCUGUGCUUCCCUGACAUCUAUGCAUCACUGAGAGAACUGACCGCCACCGUUACAGAGCAGAAAGGAAACAUCAGAGAACUGAGGGAUGAGAUGAACAAGAAAGAUGAAGAAAUUUCAAAUCUUUCAAGUCAAGUGGAGGAGUUGAGAAAGGAAAAUAGAGACAGAGAAAUAGCUUUUUCAGCUGCACUGAGGGAAUCUGGCGAUGGACAUACUGGUCCUUUUACAUCUGAAGAGACACUAAUCUACAAAAACGUCUUCACAAACAUAGGGAACGCCUAUGACCGAAGUACAGGUGUUUUCACAGCCCCAGUGAAAGGAGUGUACAUGUUCAGAAUCUCUGUAUAUGGACAUGGCCCAACUACAACCUCUGCCUCCAUUUAUAAGAAUGAAGAGCAUGUGGUUAUAGCAUAUAAUAUUCAGAAUUCAGAUCGGGCAAAUGCCUCAAAUGGAGUUGUGUUGAUCCUGGAGGCUGGAGAUGUUGUUAAUGUGAAACUUCGGCCUAAAGCGAGGAUAUAUGAAAACGUGAAUAACCACAACACAUUCAGUGGUUAUCUACUGUUUCCCUUAAAAUAACAGGAGAUUUGCAGA